GGCGAGCCCAGCAAAGUCAUAUUCCGAGCGCUUGGAAUGCCGGUGUGUCGUUUCCACAAAUACUGGCGGAUUCUUUGUCUGCUUUCGAGAGACACAAUUCUUUCUUCUUCCACUGGCAAGCCAUUUCAGGACCCGUUUCUCAAGUCGUUGAUCUCUUCUCAAGCCACCUGUUUUGCUCGCUUCAUUUCAGUGAUGGCUCCCAUCAAUGAUGAUAGCAGCGUCUCGAGUGAAUCGAAAGAGCAGGACCAUCCAGCACAGGUCGACCUCGCAGUCAAGGAACCGCAACGAACAACAGUUGCGACACGGCUGAAACAACAUUUGAUAGGCCAUGUCGAAGUCAACCUUCUCGCCGAGACCGAACUCCUAAUCCUCACCUUCUGUACGGGAAUGCAAGACGCAACGACCUUCCCAGACUACCAUUGCUUCGCCUCGAACCAGACGGGCAACACGGUCAUGCUCGCAAUGGCAAUCCUCCUCCCAGAUCUGACUGGCAAGUUAUUCAAGACGGAAAACAUCGGGGUCGCCCUGGGUUUCUUCCUCGCCGCAGGAUGGAUAACAGGUCAACUGGGUCACAUUAUUGGGCCGCGAUCUCGUCUUUGGAUCGUAUUUUGCAACUUGAUCCAGACCAUACUCGUCUUCAUAGCGGCUGCGAUUCAAUACGCCUAUGGCAUUGAGCUGGAAGGCACAAAAACCAUGGUGGUCAUCGGCUUGCUGGCCUUUGCCGCCGGCAGUCAGGUCGUCCUAUCGAGAGCGUUGGCAAUAACUGAAAUCAGCACGGCAAUGGCGACAGCGGCAUGGGUUGAUCUGCUAAUCGACCCUCGUUUGUUUGCGGCAAAGAAUCGCCCUCGGAAUCGUCGAGCGAGCUUUCUUGCUGCCCUUGUGGCCGGAGCCUUCUUUGGCGCAGGCAUAUAUCGCGGCAUAGGCCCGGCAACCUCGGUCUUGUUUUCAGCAGUUGGGAAACUCAUAGUGACCCUCAUGUUCUUACUCAACAAAGCAGAAAAGGCGCCGAAGCCCAUAGGUAUCGUAUGAGGGUCAUACAUACGUCAAGUUGCCGUGACUUGGCUUUGAGCUGGCGGCGUUACAAGAGUAACAUGUUGACGUUAUUGUUAGCGAAGGCGCUGGUUGAUUUUGUGGGUAUAAGAAGCAAGCUGGUGUCGACUGUGGUGAAAUUAGAUCGAAGAAAAUAUUGGCUAGAAGUAUUCAUCGUCAAGAUCCUGAGAAAAUCCAUAUGUUUCUAACGUUUCGGGCCAUCCCAUCCAAGGAUUAAAG